AUGGCGUCCAAGUACGGACUUCUCGUAAUCAGCAGCAAGAAUGUGCGCAAAUUGAAACAACUGCUCACUUCGGCAGCCUCUUCACUGACAUCAAGGCUUUACGUGAGGUACAGUUUAUCAAAAGUUCUCGAAAAAAAAAUCAAUUUAGAUUAAACCCGGAAGAACCGAGAACAGAUGAGCUCGUCUCGAAUGUCUACCUCAGUUCAGCGCAACAAUGUCCGAACCUCGAUGUGCGGUUGCUUGUGAAAACCACUCUGCCUGAGCAUUACCUUCUGAUUGGAGAAGAACAGCCAGAAAAAGUCGACGGAAGUGAAACGAAGAAAUACAAAAAAGUGGUGCUCGGCGGAACAUUUGAUCGCCUUCAUAACGGACAUAAAGUUCUGCUGAACAAGGCGGCCGAACUGGCGUCGGAAGACGUCGUCGUCGGAGUGACCGAGAAAGAUAUGAUUACCAGUCAGUGAAGAGAAAACUCACGUGUUUUACUGAUAGUUGUUUCCAGAAAAAUCUCUUUUUGAGAUGAUUGAGCCAGUCGAGCUGAGAAUGAAUAAAGUCGUCGAGUUUGUCGAGGACAUCUCCGGAACUGUAAGAACAUGAACGAGUUUCUUUUCUUUUUCAUUCAUUCUGUUCUUUCAGGCGAAAUGUCUCGCCGAGCCGAUAAUUGAUCCAUUCGGACCGUCGACAAGAAUUGAGGAUUUGGAGGCAAUAGUGGUGAGCAGAGAGACGGUGAAAGGAGCCGACGCAGUGAACAAAAAGAGAGGAGAGAAGGGAAUGACACAUCUGGAUGUGAUAAUAGUGGAACUGGUAGAAGGAAACGAUGCGAUUCUAAACGAAACGAAAAUCAGUUCGAGCUCCAGAAGACGGGCAGAUCUCGGAAAACUUGUUCGCCCGACCCUUGUCGUUCCCCGUGAUCCUGGCCGUCCGUACAUCAUGGGACUUACUGGGGGAAUCGCAUCGGGAAAGAGCCACAUUGGAAAAUAUCUGAGGGAGAAGCACGGGUUCCAUGUGAUAGAUUGUGAUAAGCUGGCGCAUACUUGUUACGAGAAGGGGAGCUCAUUGAGCAAGAAGAUCGCGGAGCACUUCGGAGAAGACGUCGUUCAGGACGGAGUUGUCGACCGGAAGAAGCUCGGUUCGAUCGUCUUUUCUGACAAAUCGAAGCUCCGAGAGUUGAGUGAACUGGUCUGGCCUGUAGUUCGCGAUAAAGCAGCCAACAUUGCUAAACAAUCCACUGCCAAAGUCGUCGGUAUAAUACUAAUUAUCCUUCUGAUCCAUUUCAAUUCCAAUUUCAGUAAUCGAGGCGGCGGCACUCAUCGAAGCAGGCUGGCACAAAACCCUCACGGAGACGUGGACUGUCUUCGUUCCAGCAGAAGAAGCAGUCUGUCGUGUUGUGCAAAGAGACAAUUUGAGUGAAGAACAGGCCCGCGACAGGAUGUCCUCUCAGAUCAGCAACAAAGAGCGCAUUGACAACAGUAACGUGGUGCUCUGCUCGCUCUGGAAGUACGAGGAAACUCGCGCCCAAGUAGAUCGAGCCGUCGAGGGACUACUGAAGAGAAUCUAA